CAUAGUCUCUGCUUUAGACAUCAAUUUUGGGUUUUCUAUAUUGUCAGCAGUAAAUAACACUGUUACGAAGAUGACGGCUAAAAUUUCAGUUUUUGCUGUCGUUCUGAUUCUGGCUUAUGUCAAAGCUGAUUUCCAGCAACCGCCAACAUUAACAAUGUACUUGCCAUCUAUGCCCUACUAUCCAAUCUCCACUCCAAACUUCAAUGAUUUCAAGAAAAGUGUAUACACUAUGAACCAAGCUUUAUUAAAUUUAAUUGGCUCUGCAAGAAGUGCUUUCGACUACCGUUCAUUAUACAAAGACCAAGAUAACCUCAAUUUAGAUAUAAGUGAAAAAUUAAGCAAAUUCGAAAAAGCUAUAGACUACUUUGAAAAUAAGUUGCUUAAAUACCGCCAAUCACUGAUAAAAUACAAAAAUGAGUUAGGGUUUAUAGACUCUCCAGUGUAUCACACGGACGACCGUGUUUCCAUCGACCCUAAUAUUUUAUUGUAACCUUUAAAUAUUACAUAAUUUUAGUUGUCUGUUAAUAAAUUCAUUUACAAAAUA